AUGGAUGGCUAUAUGUGUGGCCUCGGCGAGGGAUUUCUAGACUUCUGUGGCGCAAAUGGGUUUCCUAUGGAAACAUCCUACAACUACCCAGGUGAGCCUCAUCUGUAUGGGGAUUUCCUUGAUUUUCACGAUGAAGCCUACAUGGACUCCCCCGAGUCAGACCAGGAGAACUGUGUAGGUUUUUUUGACUCCGCUUUUCAAGACCUCGUGGAUGGAGUUCCCAAGAGGCACCAACAAAGGAAAGCAGCAAAUAUGAGGGAGAGACGACGCAUGAAGUCUAUAAACGACGCAUUUGAGCAUCUCCGGAGACGAAUUCCAUCAAACGUGAAUGCAGACAGAAGGCUUUCAAAGGUAGACACCCUCCGCCAGGCAAUCCGCUACAUCUCUUAUCUAUCAGAAGUGGUCAAGUCAUGUGGUGAUCACAAAGACAGCGCCAAGCAUCGGAAAUCUCAGGAAAAAAUCAUCCUCAGGUGUCACUUAUCGGAUCUAGACGACGACGAGUAUGCCAGCGGUCAAACACUAAUUGGACACUCACUGUCAUGGUCACACAGAAAAAGUGAAGUCAACGGUAAAAGCACUUUGUCGGCCAAAAUAUGGAUGCCAGAAACACCUUCUGACACCGAUCUACUCAAUCUGGCAAUAACUGGAGGCUUUAGUAGUGAGGGAUCAUAG